AUGGUGUCAAGCUCCGGCGCGUGCGCCAAGCUCAUCGUGGUGGACGCGCGCCACCACAUGCUUGGCCGCCUUUUAUCAAUCAUUGCCAAGGAGCUGCUCAACGACCAGAAGGUCGUGGUAAUCCGCUGCGAGGAGAUCUGCCUCUCCGCGGGCCACGUCUCGCGGCACUCCCUGGAGCUCACCCUCUCGCUCGCCCCCUACCCACUCACCUCCUGCGAUUCCGCCUCCCGCCGCGUGGUCCCACCGGACCGCCGCCUCGCGAAGUUCCGCGCGACUCAGCGAUGGAGACGCCGCACCGCGGUCCUGUCCGCGUCAGCCUUGUCCCAGCUCCAUGGUCUGGGCCUCCUCGAUGCCCACUCCCGCGUCCUCUGCAUCGCCGCUGGCGCCGGCCACACCGUCCACGCGUUCCGCUCUGCGGGCGUGCGGGAAGUCGCAGGGGUGGACCUCGUCGAGUUCCCCCUUCUUGUUCGCCGCGGGGACCCGCACUGCCUGCUCUUCUCGGCUGGCGCCUUCGACCUCCUCUUCUCCGACGACCCCAGGGCAAUCUGUGGCGCGCUCUUCCCGAUCCGCAUCGUGGCCGAGGCCGAACGUGUCGUCUGUCGCGGCGGCGGCCGGCCGGCGCGGAGGUCGGGGUCGUCGAAGAUGGGGGCGCGCGCGAACGCGGGGCGGGGGGGGGGGGCGGGCAGCGGACGCCGGGCGGCGCUGGUCCCGGCCUGUGUGUCGUGCGGCAGGAAGGAGAUAGAAAAGAAAGAAAACGAUUCGAUCGCAUAA